AUGAUAUAAAAAAAUCAAAAGAAAAAUAAUAAUGCUAAAAAUAUUAUAAUUAAAUAAUGUUAAUAAAUAAGAGAUUUACUUUUAUUUUUUUAUAAGUGUUUGUAAAGUGCAAAAAAGCUUAUAUUUUUAAAUAGAUUCUAUAAUAGAAUAUAUCUAUAAUACCAAAUUAUAUCAAUCUUUAAACAACAUAGUAUUGUAAAUAAGCAAUUCUAUAGAAUUGUAAUAGAAAUAGCAUAAAGUUUAAAUCAGACAAUUUAAUUUGAACAACAUCAAUAUCAAUCUGAACCCUAAGGCUAUCAACCAUUUGAAUUAGUAGUAUCUUAAAAUUAAGAUUCGAAUAACUUUUUGAGUUUGGAAGAUACAAAAAGACGAUAGUUCAUCCUUAAAGAACAAAUUAAAUCAGAAGUUGCAUUAAGACUUAGAAACAUUCGUUAUAUGUAAUAUUUUAAUGCUUUAGUCAAUCAAAUACUCAUAAUUUGGGAUUUUUGUUUAUAAAUGAUUAUGGAACCAUUAGAUGUUUGCUAUAGUAAUUUAGCUACUUUUUAAAUGAUAUUUUUAUUAAUAUAAUUGUAUUAAUAUGGGGAAGAGUAUAUCUUAUGUUUAAUAGUAUUGAUAUCAUUACCAUUGAGAGUAUUAAUGAUAUUAUGA